CCGGCCAGUUUAUAUGAACUUUUGGCCAUGAUUACAGAAGAAAGUAAGAUUUAAAAAAUGGGUAAGAUGUAUGAUCACAAUGGAUGACGAACCGGUGCCUAUAUAUGGAACUUUAUCAAAGGCUGAGGCCUGGAGGCUUCAGAGGCACUAUUUCCCGAGCAAAUUAGGUGGAUAUCCCGCAUGGCUCAAUCCAGUCGAUCUUCCUGAAGAGAAUGAGCUGCAUUGCGAUAUAUGUUCUUCUAUCAUGACUUUCGCCAUACAGGUCUAUGCUCCGGAUGAUAUCUAUGAAGAGAACGACGCUUUUCAUAGAGUAAUCUAUACGUUCGUCUGCCAGCCUUGUGGUACUAACUGGAAGGCAUUUCGCUCGCAGCUUCCUCGCCAAAAUGAUUUCUACGAUUACCAUCCAGUUGAUGACAACAUCAUUUUCCCAGAUAGUGAACUCAUAAGUAAUUGUUGUUUGGCCUGUGGCCUUCCAAGCAACAAGGUAGCUUCAGAGCCUAUACCAAAUAUAAACUCACUAAAGGUAGCGCUUGUGGAUUCAGAGACAGAAUUUCGGGAGCUACACUAUCGAUGUAAUAUAGCUGUAAAGUAUGGUUCACUAUCUCCUGUCCUAGAUGAAUGGAUAUUGAACAUUUGUGAAGGAGAAAUAGCACAUGAUGAAGACUACCUAUCGCACGAAAAGUCACUGUAUGAAAAAUACAUUGACAAUAAAAACGCUGGAGAAGAGGAGAUGACUCGAGCCGAGGAAGAAGAUGUUGAAAACAUGCAAGAAGAAAACAAAACAAUCGACGAAUCAUUUAUGAAGUUUUGCAAGAAAACUACUCCUAACGAAGUUUUGUAUUAUUGUAGAGGAGGGGAACCUUUGUGGAUUAGUGACAGAAGCCCUAGACCAGUUAUAGACGGUGCGAAUCUAAGUGCUAAUGAUGAAAGUGAAAUCAUGGUACCGAAAUGUGAAAGUUGUAGCGGCCCUCGCUCUUUUGAAUUUCAGAUCCUACCCCAAUUGUUGUUUUAUAUAAGUAGUGAUCGCAUUGAAUUUGGAAGUGUUUCGGUUUAUACGUGUUCUAAGUCAUGCAAGAUAUCAGGAUACCAGAAGGAAUAUAUCCUAUUUGAGAAGGACUAUUCUAUGGUACCAAAGCCUCGUAGUGAUGAUUAA